AUGGCCACGCGGAUCGGACUCCUCUGGCUGCUGGGCCUGGUUCUGUGCGCUCUGGGCGUCCGCCACGGCCCGCGUCCCCCAUAUGUCUUUCCCCAGCGUCGUCUGGGAGUACACGAGCGCCGAAACAUGCAGCGAGAGAUCCUGGCGGUGCUCGGGCUGCCUGAGCCGCCCCGACCCCGUGUGCCACCCGCUGCCUCCCGGCAGCCAGCGUCCGCGCCGCUCUUCAUGCUGGACCUGUACCAUGCCAUGGCCAAUGACGACGACAGUGGAUCCCUGCAUUCUCACCUGGGGCGCUCCGACCUGGUCAUGAGCUUCGUCAAUAUGGUGGAGCGAGACCGAACCCUGGACUACCAGGAGCCACACUGGAAGGAAUUCCUCUUUGACCUAACCCAGAUCCCUGCUGGGGAGGCUGUCACAGCUGCUGAGUUCCGGAUAUAUAAAGAACCCAGCACCCACCCACUCAACACAACUCUCCACGUCAGCAUGUUCGAGGUGGUCCAGGAACACUCCAACAGGGGGUCUGACUUGUUCUUUUUGGAUCUUCAGACGCUUCGAUCUGGGGACGAAGGCUGGCUGGUGCUGGACAUCACAGCAGCCAGUGACCGAUGGUUGCUGAACCAUAACAAGGACCUGGGACUCCGCCUCUAUGUGGAAACCGAGGAUGGGCACAGCAUGGAUCCUGGCCUGGCCGGUCUGCUGGGACAACAAGCACCACAAUCCAGACAGCCUUUCCUGGUCACCUUCUUCAGGGCCAGCCCGAGUCCUGUGCGGGCCCCGCGGGCAGCAAGGCCACUGAAGAGGAGGCAGCUAAAUAAAACUACCCAGGUGCAGCCCUCCAACAAACACCUACGAAUCUCUGAUGGUCAUGGCGCCCGAGGCAGAGAUGUUUGCCGUAGGCAUGAGCUCUACGUCAGCUUCCGGGACCUCGGCUGGCUGGACUCGGUCAUCGCCCCCAAAGGCUACUCAGCCUAUUACUGUGCUGGAGAGUGCAACUACCCAUUUACCUCCUGCAUGAACUCUACCAAUCAUGCCACCAUGCAGGCCCUGGUACACCUGAUGAAGCCAGAUGUCGUCCCCAAGGUGUGCUGUGUGCCCACCGAGCUGAGUGCCAUUUCUGUGCUCUACUACGACAGCAGCAACAAUGUCAUCCUACGCAGGGAGCGCAACAUGGUGGUCCAGGCCUGUGGCUGCCACUGAGUUAGCAGCCUGCUGCCAAUGGCCCAUUAUCUGGUCAGCCCCUCUGACCAGGAAACAGAGACCCUAUCAGAUCCAAGGCCAAGGUGGAAAAGUCGGGUUUUCAACUCUUAUGUCCAUGUUCUGCCUUUGUCACAGGCGUGGCCCUCUCCUGACCCCUCUGUUCCUUUUCUCUGCCCAAGGGUGGGAAGAUGGUCCUGGUUACAACACUGGUGACCUAAGUCCCCAAGCAGCAGCCCAUCUCUGCCCCUCCCCCAGGGACAUCUAUUGAAAGUCCUUUGGGAUUGGCACAGAAGUCUAAUUUACCCACCUAUUCAUGAUGACUACUGGGCCGGCCUGACUUGAAUCUGGAGCACUAGAUAGACCUCAGGCUCUUUAGUAUCCACCAGAUACUUAGGUGUGACCAACUCCCUCCAUUAUUCCAUGGCCUGUCCCUUGGAGGUAUAAAACGAGAUUUCUGGAGAAGCAUUUUAAAAAAACAUGGAAAAGCCAGGGAUAGUGAUGCACACUCUUAGUACUUGGAAGACAGGCAGAAUUACCCAUGAGUUCAAGGCCAGCCUAAGAUACAUAUCAAGAUCUUUCAAAAGAACAAAGAAAACAACCAAACAAAACCCUUGUGUAUUUAUGGAUCUCAGUCACUAAACCUCUGGCCAGACAGGCGAGGCCAGCUGAUGAACAAUCUGUUGUGGAUUUGACAUCUGGACUCAGCCAUUGCCAUUAAGGAAACGCCAGCAGUUUCCUGAUCCAUAGUCCCCACUUCUGCCUUGGUACAGCCAUCACAGGCAGGCGUACAACUCAGCAUUAGCCAGAAACACAAAGCUGCGUCCUGUCUUGGUGCUGGAGCAAAGGUAUUGUUGGCAAGAGGACCCCAGAACAAAAGCCAAGCAGCCCCAAGGAAAGAAUGCAUUACCCUUCAGGUGCUCAUGGUCCAUGCAGCAGCAGGCGGCAGGCGGCAGAGAAGGAGUCGCAUGAUGAGGAAUGCUGCUGAGCACUCCUGCCCAGGCUCCAGAGCCUCACUUGACUCCUGCUGGCAGAGGACCAUGACUGUGUCUCCUAUCAAGGACUUCAGCCCCUGCUAUCCUCCCAGAGCUGUCUUCCCUGAAAACCCAGCACCCUGGGGAUUGGUACUCUACUGCCACUAGCAAAGGCAAGACAAGCUCCACCCUACCUCCACUGCACCAAUCGGAUGAUCCUUGGCAGAGGUUUGGUUUACCUGUGCAGGGCUUUUGACAGCUAAUCUUAGUUGUCAACUUGACACCCAGGAAGAGGGACCCUCCAAUGAGGUACUGUCUCCAUCAGCUUGACACAGGGGCACACCUGUGGGGCAUUUUCUUGAUGGAGGAAAGCCCAAACCAAUGUGGACAGUACCAUCCCUGAGCAGGUUGUAUAAGAAAACAGUGUUCCUCCAUGUUUCUGUUUCAGUUCCUGCCCUGACUUCCUUGGAUGAUGAACUAUGGUGUAGAAGUAUAAGACAAACAAGCAAAACCUUUCCUCAUGCUGCUUCUGGUCAUGGUGCUUUAUCACAGCAACAGAAACCAAGCCAGGACAGGCUCCAGUAUGUCUCUGUCCUCAACUGCCUCCUGGCCUCCACUCUUCAGGCCACUGUCACAGGAACUCAUCAUCUCUUGGCACUCUCUGCUAAGUUCUUUACAGAUGGCCUGUCCUGGUUCUAGAACAAGUCCUAAGUACUGUGGUCCCUCACUUCCAAUGCCUGUCCUAACACUGGUUCCUGCUCACUAAGGCUGACCUCUGAAUAAAGAAUAUCGCAGGGUCAAUCUACCUGGGCCAAGUCUAGCUGUUCCCUGUGCAGGUAUAUUUUAGGUAGAUUACUACUGAAUUCAGUGGUGUAAGGCAGAGUAGGUAAGCUGAUCAUUGAAUCAGGUUAGAGCCCUGAGAGGAAAAAGAUUACCGUCAUCAAGGAAUUCUGCACUCAGGCUACCCAAAGACUUGAUGUUUCUCACUCGUCUCCAGUCUGCUGCUUGUUGUGCACACAUGACCUGCUACUCCUCAUAAACAGGAGUCAAUUCCCUAGUCAGUCCACAUGUGUACAUACAUAUAUACACACAUAUAUAUGCAUAUGCACGUGUGCGCGCACACACACACCGACACAAACCCUGAGCACACGUAAAAUACACGGUCAGUCACCAACUCCUUGCUUCCACUGCUGCAAUGAGAAAGCAGCCAUGGCAGUGUUGGAACAUAAAUGGCUCCGGCUGUCUCAACAAAAUCUUCUUCACAGAAACAAGCAGCGGGUUGCCUAAAGCCCAGGUCGUGUGCCAACCUCCUGUCUCCUGGCAGAGUGGGCUCUUUGAGUCAUAGUAUACCAUUUUAAAAACCUGAGAAAACAGCGUGAACGUUAGAUACCAGAGCCGCUGAGGCCGACACCAGGCAGGCAGCUCUGAUUCCUGCUGCCCUGACAUGAUCUGACAAGGACAUCUGGCAUAAAGACACAUGACC